AUGCAUGAUGAAGAAAAACUGUUAAAGAAAAUUCCCAAAAUCAAUUCAUUUUUCACUGCCAUAAACAAGGUUGAUGCUACUGAUAAUAUAACUCUCAUUUCCCCACCAUCCUCAUCAACAUCUCAGGUAGGUAUUGAUCACAAGGAAGAGGCUGCAAAAAUUCGAUUUGAACUUGGACAUACUGAAAAAUUUGAAGACGGAGCUGAUACUGGUUUAGGAACCAUUCCCAAUGAUGUUGGGAGUUUUGGUGACAUAACAGAUCAUACGCGUAACAUGUGCAUCAGCCUUGGUACAAUCCAUUUUCGAAACUUGGCACUCAGUUAUCCAGAAACAAAGCGGAAAUACAGUGGAGUGAAUCGCUUCCUAAAUUCUAGUGUCUUCAAACAGGUUUUGCCAAAUGGUGAUAUCUUUGAUCGUGACUGGCUUGUUUAUUCUCCAGCCAAGACAUGUGUCUUCUGCUUUCCCUGCAUUUUGUUUUUAUCUGACCGGUCACAGUUGUCUGGCUCAGGAUUUAAGGAUUGGAAUAAUAUGACACAAUACUUAAAAUCCCAUGAAACCAGUGCAAAGCACAUACAAUUAGUUCUCACUUUAUGUCAAAGAAGUGUUGCUGAUGGGAGAGUUGACGAGCAAUUGCACAACAAUAUAUUGGAGCAGCGUAAUUACUGGAGAAAUGUCCUGUCACGCUGUGUUGCAACUAUUACUUUUCUUUGUGAGAGAGGUCUCCCUCUUCGAGGUAGCAAUGAAGUUGUUGGCUCCAGAGAAAAUGGGAAUUAUUUGGGCAUCUUGUAG